CGUUUUUCUCUCCUGGCGGAAGCAGCGAAGGCGAUGCUUGGUGGCUGCAAUGUCUGGACUGGCCUUGGAAGAGCUCUCGGCCAUUGCCGCCAUCUACUGCGGGCAGGAGGAGUGCCAGGUCCUGCGGGUGUCAGAGGCAGAAGGGAUCUCAUUCCGAAUUCAGACCAGUGUGGAAGGACCUUUGGGCACAAAUGUAUUGUUAAAGCUGCUGUUUCAUUUACCGAGCAGUUACCCGUCAAGCCUGCCGAAUAUCUCUGUUGAUUCUGAGCAGCUUACAAGGACACAAUGUAUGGCUGUGAGAGGGAGAUUACUUGAGGAAGCAAAGAGACAUUUUUCACAACCCAUGGUACACGAGCUGAUUCUCUGGAUACAGCAGAAUCUUAAGCAUAUUAUCGAGCAAGCCGAAACUUCAGUCUGCUGCCAGAAAAGCACUCUAUCAACAUGCACCGCUGAGGAUGCCGCCGUCUGGACCAUCCUUUUGCAUUUAGAUCAUAUGAGAGCGAAGGGAAAAUAUGUCAAAACAGUGGAAAAAUGGUGUUCAGAUCUAAAUCUGACUGGAAGACUGAUGUUCAUGGGAAAGAUGAUUCUGAUUCUUCUUCAAGGAGAAAGGAAAAACAUUAAGGAAUAUCUCAUCCUUCAUAAAACUAGCAAAGUGGACGUGGAUUCAAGUGGAAAGAAAUGUAAAGAGAAAAUGAUUAGUGUGCUCUCGGAAACAAAAGUGCAGGCGGAACACAGGAGGUUUCAAGAAUUUCAGGUCAAAGAGUAUUCGACUUUGGAUGAGCUGCAAAAUGAAUUCAAGGUUGCAGGACUCGCAGAACUGUUCAGUGAGUUUGUGCUGGAUCGGUUAAAGUAAAUCUGAAGCAAACGCAUCUGGUUGUGACUAAAACUGUCAUUGAACGGAGCCGGUGGAUGCCAAGAGAAGACAAAAUGAAGGCUUUGGUAGUGAGCAGCAUUUAAAGCAUUUCUCUAUUGCAAAAUGUCAGGGGGAAGAAAAGUCUCCUUUGCCAGAAACAAAAGACUGUUCUUCCUAUACUCGGAACAGACAAUGCUUUUGACUGCCUGCACUGACAUCUUUUUCAGGGUAUUUUUGCAGUUUUUCGUCAGUUGAUAUUAAAGAGCUGUAGGUCAGCUGUGAAAGACGGUAGAGAGAUCUCUUUUUAUUGGGGCCUGGAUAAUUUCUUUUUCUCCUGCAAUUAAAAAUAUUGCAAAGAAA